GGCCGCCCCUGAGUCACCCCGGCCCCGCCCGACCCUCCUGCGCCGGACCCGACUGGAGCGGAUCUCGGAGGAUAGGACGCCAGUCCGGAGCCGGGAAACUGAGGCCGAGAUCAGGGUCCUGCAGACAUGUUCCUGGUUAAUUCAUUCCUGGGCGGCAAGGGCGGCGGCGGCGGCGGAGCCGGCAACGCUCUCGGGGGGCUGCUCAGCGGCGGCGGAGGGGGCGGCGGCGGCGGCGGCAUCGGCAAUGUCAUCGGGGGGCUGCUCAGCGGCGGCGGCGGCGGCGGAGGCGGCGGCGGCGCUGGAGGCAUCGGCAAUGUCAUCGGGGGGCUGCUCAGCGGAGGCGGUGGAGGCGGCGGCGGCGGCGGCGGCGGCAGGGCGGGGGGCGCCAUGGGCUUCCUAGGCGGCGUCAUCAACGCCAUCAGUGAAGCUGCAGCCAAUUAUAACCCAGAGCCCCCGCCCCCUCGGUCCCACUACUCCAACAUCGAAGCCAAUGAGAGCGAGGAGGUCCGGCAGUUCAGGAGGCUGUUUGCUCAGCUGGCGGGCGAUGACAUGGAGGUCAGUGCCUCGGAGCUCAUGAACAUCCUGAAUAAGGUGGUGACCCGACAUCCUGACCUGAAGACGGACGGUUUUGCCAUCGACACCUGCCGGAGCAUGGUGGCCGUCAUGGACAGCGACACCACGGGCAAGCUGGGCUUCGAGGAGUUUAAGUACCUUUGGAACAACAUAAAGAAGUGGCAGGCCAUCUACAAACAGUACGACGUAGACCGCUCGGGGACCAUCGGCAGCAACGAGCUCCCGGGAGCCUUCUCGGCUGCAGGCUUCCAGCUCAGCCCGGAGCUGUACCAGAUGAUCAUUCGGCGCUACUCCGACGAGGAUGGCAGCAUGGACUUCGACAACUUCAUCAGCUGCCUCGUGCGCCUCGACGCCAUGUUCCGUGCCUUCAAGUCCCUGGACAAAGAUGGCAGCGGGCAGAUCCGGGUGAACAUCCAAGAGUGGCUGCAGCUGACCAUGUACUCCUGAGGCCGGGCAUCCUUCCUGACUGCAGCUGUCCAUCUCAGCCCGACGUGGGAGCCUCUGGCAGGGGCGCCCGCAGCCGCUGGUGCUGUGCCGUCCCUGGGCGCGCCCUCGUACCCCCGCCUGAGCAAACGCGGCCUCCACCAGGAGCCCCUGCUCCCCUUCCCCCUCCCCCAGCACCCCUGUAAACACAUCCCCUUCUCUAACACGUCAGCCCCGCCCCCCCUCCUGCCCCCCAGCACCCCUACAAACACAUCCCCUUCUCUAACACGCCAGCCCCCUGCUCCCCCCUCCUUCCCCCGAACGCCCCCAGCACCCCUGUGAACAGUUCUUCUCUAACACGCCUUCCCCUGCUCCCAGUGUCUCUGAGCUGGCCCCCAGCACCCCUGUAAACAGCCCCCUUCCCCCUCCCCGCUCCCCCCUGAGCCCCCUGCAAAUACCCCGUGUGCCCUAGCGUGCCGGCGCCACCCCAGGACCCUGCCCACGUGUGUUCUGAGCUUCACCACGCCCCCGCCCCCGCCCCCCCCCCACCUGGCUGGUGUCUAGUGCCUUCCCCAUGUGCUUCAGCCCCGCCCCCCGGGGUGGGCCUGGGGCUGGGGCAGGGCUUCAGGGUGGCCCCAAGGCCCAAAAUAAACAGUGGUCACAAGA